AUAUCUUCUGAGACUGUGUUGGAGGUUGUGUAAAACAGAUAAGGGAUAACAGACAACAGAACCAGAGGCGCACAAAGAGUCCAGCAUUAAGAUAAGAACAGGAUUGUAAAAACAAAGGAAAUUAGGACUAAGAAGCACAGUGAUCUGACAAGAAGAUAGCUUCUUAAGGCCGUGAUUGUUGGUGCCAGGAUGACUGGAGGAUGUCGAUGCGUCCUGGCGGUGGUGGUGUUUUUGUGCCUUUGUCUCUUGGCUCCCACUGAGGCUGUGGGAGGGGCCAAGAGUCGACCAAAACCUCAAAAACGACCCCCAAAGAAACCAGUGGUUGACCCCACUGACUCAACUCCGCCUGCUCAGAAUAUAGACAUCCAACAGAUGACAGGAAAAUGGUACCUCCUUAAUACAGCCUCCAUGUGCCCUUACCUGAUAAAACAUGGAACCAAGGUGGAGCCAACUGUCAUGACACUAACAGGUCCUUCUGAUCAAACUCUGUCAGUUAGUACUAAAACAAGGCAUAAUCAUCAGUGUUGGGAGAUAUUGCAACAGUACCAUCUAACUUCAACCCCAGGAAAACUAACACUUAAAGGAGCUCGUCCUGAACAAAACACUGACAUAGUGGUUGGAGAAACAGACUACACCUCCUAUGCAGUCCUGUUCUAUCAGAAACCUGGAAAGAUCACUGUAAAGCUCUAUAGUAGAUCUGUGGACGACCUGUCCGAACCAAUGUUGACUAAGUUUGAACAGCUUGCUGAAAAACAUGGUAUGGGCCUUGCCUACCUCUUCCCCUUCCCCACGUACAGUCACUGUGGUGAUGUGGAUCAAGACCAUAAAAUAAACUGUGUCCCCACAUGCUGAAGAGGCGGAGCACCGACACAGACGCAAGAAGGUUAACUGAAGACCUCAACCGAACAUGUGAAUUCCCUUGAAAUGUGAUCACUUACUCAUAAAUAAAAGCAAAAUGGGAUGAAAUCAA